AUGGCAUCCGCCAUGACGCAACAGCACCGGGGCCGCGCCAUUCUCCAGCUAGCAGCCGUGCUGCUCCUGGCCUCGCCGGCAGCAAUGCUGGCGGCCGCCGGCGCCUGCGAGAGCGCGACGUUCCCGGCGGGCAAGAGCUACACGACGUGCGCCGACCUCCCGGCCCUCGGCGCCACGCUGCACUGGACCUACGACGCGGCGGAUUCGUCGCUCUCUCUGGCCUUCACCGCCAAGCCGGCCGCAACCGGCGGCUGGGUGGCGUGGGGGAUCAACCCCACCGGCGACGGCAUGAAGGGCGCGCAGACGCUGAUUGCCUUCAAGCAGACCGGGGCCUACGUCGUGAACACGUACAACCUUACCGGGUACCGCCCGCUCGGCGCUGCGUCGACGCCCAUCGCGUACGAGGCCACCGAGCUCGCCGCCGACGACGGCGACAACGGAACGGUGCGGCUCUACGGCAAGCUGCAGCUGCCCAAGGGCAUGGUGACGGUGAACCACAUCUGGCAGGUGGGGUCGGCGGUGGCCAGCGACGCGCCGGCCAAGCACGCGUUCGGGCAGGAGAACCUGGACGCGAAGGGCAGCCUCUCGCUGACCGGCGCCGAUGCGCCGGAGGCCGCGCCGGCUCCGGUGGCCGGUGCCCCAUUGUCCGGUGAGUCUGGAGACAUGGAGACGCAGGCGGCGUCUUCGCCCGCGCCGUCCGGCGGGAAGCCGUCAUCGCCUUCGCCGUCGGCGGCAUUCACCGCGUACGCCUCGUCUCCGGUGCUGGUCGUGCUUCUGGCACUAGCGGGUUUCUUGGCGAUUGUAUGA